UUUCCACAACAUACAUAUCACUACAGCACAUUUUAAAGCAAUGGCCCCCUCACUACUAGACCCCGAGCCUGCGGCUCAAGUCACGUCUAAGGGGUUCGAAACCGAGCGUGUUGCAACAAACGUUGAUCAGCACGAAGAGCACCAGUAUCUCGACUUGAUUCGCGAAAUUCUCGAGACGGGAGAGCAUCGACCCGACAGGACUGGAACGGGAACACGUUCUAUUUUUGCUCCUCGGCCUCUCAAAUUUGAGCUCUCCUCGCCGACAGGGACCCCAAUCCUCCCACUGCUCACAACGAAACGCGUCUUUCUGCGAGCCGUGAUCGGCGAGCUUUUGUGGUUUGUCUCUGGUUCAACUUCCUCGCUCCCACUUGCUGCUGCCGGCAUCAAAAUUUGGGAUGGCAAUGGAUCACGCGAAUACCUCGACUCUGUCGGCCUCUCUCAUCGUGCAGUUGGUGAUUUGGGACCAGUCUAUGGCUUCCAGUGGCGACACUUUGGCGCCGAAUAUGUGGAUGCUGAAACAGACUAUACUGGGAAGGGCGUUGAUCAGUUGGCAGAAGUCAUCCACAAGUUGAGGAAUAAUCCGUACGACAGAAGGAUCAUCCUCAGCGCGUGGAAUCCCAAGGACUUGAAACUUAUGGCACUUCCUCCAUGCCACAUGUUCGCACAAUUCUAUGUCUCGUUUCCAAAGAGCGAAAAUGGAGAGAAGGGCCAGGGAAGACUUCAUUGUCAGCUCUACCAGAGGAGUUGCGAUAUGGGGCUUGGAGUCCCUUUCAACAUCGCAAGUUAUGCUCUGUUAACCCAUAUGCUUGCGCAUGUCUGCGAUCUGAUUCCUGGCACGUUCACACACACAAUGGGCGAUGCUCAUGUCUAUCUUGACCAUGUGGAUGCCCUGAAGGUGCAACUGACCCGAGAGCCUAAGCGAUUCCCUGAACUGGACAUCGCCCGCGAGAAGGGUGGCAGCAUAGAUGGAUGGAAGGUUGAAGAUUUUGUGGUCAAAGGAUACGAGCCACACAAGGGAAUUGCGAUGAAGAUGUCUGUAUAAUGUGAUUGGUGGGUCGGGGUUGCAAUUGAGGAUGAUGUGGACGAAUUAUGUAUGGCGUUUGGGAAUCAAGAAAUUAUGCCGUCACAGGUCACCCAGUGGGACAACUCUUGGGGAGCCAUUGUGCUAAGUGUUUACAUGGGUUCUGGUGAUUUUUGCUUCGUGGCCUUUAAUCAUUACCCCCUUUUGUCUCAGUUCUUUUCUUUCCAUCUCAUUUGAAUCUCUCUCCAAUGUUACUUCC